AUGUCCACUUCUAAUGGUUCAGGUGGCGGACGCACAGGAAUUCCUACUCUGCGCUCUCUGAGGACACUCUUUGCUCCCACUUCAUCCCAGGCGAAGUCUGUGCAGGUGUCUCCCUCAAGGCCUUCCCUGAACUUGCCCGCUUCAAGGCCUUCAAUUAAUUUAAUGCCCUCGAGGUCGUCGCUGAACAUACAUAGUGGUGGAAGCGAUACUAGUCCGUCAACGUCCUCAUUCGACAUCGUCCGUCGGUCUAUGACAUUGGGAAAGAAGGCAGGGAGCAGGAGUGUGAGUAGGGACAGUAGGGAUCUCACAAAGAAACAGCAAGAAGGGGACAAGUCGGCACCAGUGAUGGAUAUUCGUUCAAGUUCUCCUGAAACGAUCGAUGGUGGAGGAGUCGAUUUAUCUACAAUCGUAGAAGCCGAUACAUCUGGAAUGUCAGGAAUAUCACUGGCUGAGUCGUUGUCCAAACAUCUGCCGGCGUUGCCCACUUUCGAUUCUCCCCCACCCUCCGUUUCCCAUUCAACGUCACCGUCACCAUCCUUUUCACCAUCACCUUCGCCGUCACCUCAUCCACGUUCACCUUCUGCUUCUGCAUCGUCUCUACACCUACCUCGCUCCCCAUCCUCAAUUCAGGCUCAGGUGCACAGUGCACUGCAGGUUGACUCUGCGUUAGCCGCAUUUCUGAGCCCAAAUAAUCUUCCACCACCAAGUCUUUCUCCAAGCGCUGGAUCUGCGUCACCUUCUCCUGGAGUCAAUGACUUUCCGUUGUACCCCACAACGACAGGCCAGACUUCGUCAUCAUCACUUCCUCAACAUGCUUCCACCCCUCAUUCUAGUAUGCGCAUUAAAAAUGUUAGCCAUCUAGGGCUUAUGCGACCGGCAUACAUACGAAGCACAGGCUCUGAUGACUCCAGAUCUUUUGCCGCAUCCAUAUCGCGGCCAGGAAGCUCGGUGUCUGCCCCAAGACAGGAGACGAAUAUGACCGCAUCUGCAUCUGCAUCUGCAUCUGUUGGUCGCAAUACAUUCUCUGCUGCUCGUACCAGAACAAGAAGUAUGAGUGUUGAUGAACAAUCUCCGAGACAAGCUUCCGGAGCUGGUCUCAUCACCAGCCGAAGGGAUUCAAGUUUCCUCAUUCGCAGGCAGAACUAUAAAUCUCACACCCGAAGUCUCAGUCAAUUCGGGGAUCACGACAAGACUCAGAGUGAAGCUGGCGAUGUGCGACCUUCAUCCCAACGAAACGUUCAGCAACGUCCGCCAAUCACAGAAUGGCUUGGUCCACGUACAGCCAAGGCGUUCAAAGCCGCUGGACUACUUGCCUCUCAAUCUCAUGAUUCUGAUUCAAUCUCUUCACAACGGUCUCAUCCGUACUUGGACUCCAACUCUUCUCCUUCCUUAUCUGUACCCAGCAGCCCUGUCCGUGCUCGUUUCAGACCUGUUUCCUACGCAUCCGACAUUUCGUACUCUCCCAACUCUCCGAAUUCUCACAGCCCCAGUCCUCCUUAUCCCUCAAAUAUCCACACCCCACACCCUCGUUCAGCCUCCGUAGCCGCUUCUGCGAUCUCCGCGCGAUCUGGAGGGUCCGUUCGGUCUGCGUCAAUAAGGAGCGGAAGCGUUCGUAGCGCCUCGACAGCUCCCACGAGCCUCAGUACGAGUCUUGGUCCUUCUGCCCCUGCGCAAGCGGCGAGGGAAUAUCUUAUGCAAAGUCAGAAUCAACAACAAAAAUUUUCAUCUUCAUCCUCAACCUUGAACCUCCCCACCACAACAUCAUUGGCUCCAUCUUCGUCAGUCAAUGGUGCUCCACCUUCUGAGGUUCAAUUGCUCAAAGAUCAACACUCAAUUGAGACGUCUGCUCUCCUUGCAGCGCUAUCUGACGCUCAACGUACUACACGUGUCUUGAGAGUGGAAAAUGCUGAACUUAGGGCAGCCCUUACAUUGGCUGAGAACAAACAGGAAAGUUGGGAACAGGAGAAGUUGCAACUGAAGCUGCAGCUGGAAGAAGUGGAGGAUCGAUUGAAGGAAGUUCGGGGCCGGAAGCGGGAAGAUUUAAAGUUCAUAGAAGAAAUAAAAGGCCUCCACAAGGCAAAGGCCGGACUGAUAUCGAAGUUGGACGAGGCAGAGGCACGUCUCAUGCAAGCGGAGGGAAAAUUGUGUGUUUUGAACGAGAUCAAAACUUCAAACUACAAACUUCGCCAAGCGUUGCAUGUCGCUCAGCGGGAUAAGGCUAGGGUUGAAGCGGAAGCGGAAAUGAGAGCAGAGGAAGCUCUGCGGAGGAUCGAGCAACUAGAAGAGGCUCUGUCUGAGGCAAGUGGAGCCAUCGACGCUACCCUUGGGAUGGCGAAGAUGACCGACGGACUGAAGCCGAACGCGAAUGGUGUAUACCACAAUCCUCUUACUACUAAUAUCAGUUUUCUCGAUAGUCAGAUCGAGUUCCGGAAAACAAGCAAGAUAAAUUCACGAACAUCUUCUGAGUCACCCCCACUGUCCUCCGCCUCAUCGUCAAGGCCGCCCUCAAUAUUCCCUCUUCCGCCGGACAAUAUGUCCUUGCUGAUGCAUGAGGAAGCGGAGGGUACGACAAGGACCGGGGAGCAAUCAGCGUCAUCAGAGCUGGACGAUCUAUCUUCUUUUGAAACAAAUCGUGUGCAGUAUAAUAGAAAACUGAAAGUUCGACCAAGCCAAGAAAGUGAAGAUGCAGAAAACUUUGAGCUUGAUGCAAGCGAAUCCAAGUGGCGCCAGUCGAUGCAAACCCCCAUGAUGGAAGCACAUCCUUCCACUCCAUUCCCAAAAUCGAUACCUGAUCCCCGACACAAUCUAUAUGAUGCUUCUGCUUCUAUCUCCCGCUCCAGACUUGGAUCGACAAGUUUCUCCCACUUGACUCACACCUAUUCAUCCGAUGAUCAUGACUCCUUGUAUCCUGACCCUGACCUUGCUUCCUCUCAUGUUAAACAUCCUAAUUCCUCCCAUCACUCUCUUCAUUCUGAAUACGAAUACGAAGAUGAAGCUGUAGUCGGAAAUACCACAUUUUACGAUGCUGGAGGUCCUGAAGAGGAUAGUAUCAUCUCCGAAGAUGAAGACCGUCUACUAGACUUGGAUCCUGAUCCUACCGUCCGUGCUAAUCUUCGCCCAGACAACCUCUCGCAUGUCACUUCUUUAUCCCGCUCUCCAUCCGACUCGCACCAUCACCCGCUCAAACUAGAGACAACGAAAGCUACAGCUAGCGCAGAGCCGGGGAAUGAGGAUGAUGGUGCCACAACCAGCUUUGAAGGCACAGGGACUCCAGGGAGUCCGGGGAGCUUGUUAUGGAUGCAUCCGUUAGACGAACGUCAUCUGGGUGACUUAAAUGGGAGUGUUGAUAGUUUGAGACUGGAUGCGUGA